AACACCCUCCACUCUGAGCCGGAGGAUUCAAUGGCAGCCAACCAACACAAAUCACCCUGCACUGCAAUUGGCAGCUGCGGUUUUUCAGUGCUGCCCGUGCCUCGGAUGCGCGAACAUUUCAGUCGAAGGAUUGUUUUGGAAUAACGACCGUUUCAGUCCAUGUGUUUAGGCGUAUUUCCUGAGAAAGGAAACCCUUUUGAAAUACUCAAGAUAUUUAAACCCUGGGACUCUCCAGACGCGCUCGGCGUCAGGGAGGAGGGUGACACCAAACCCGCGUAGGGCUUCGAACAGGUUUCUGAACGACUUUUACUCUCACGUCAUACAUGAUACGACGGAAGGAGUCCCGAUGGCAGACCCAACGGAUGGCAGCUUGAAUUGAUGCUCUCAGUCCUAGCGCAUGUUUUCUCCUGGAUGGUCCACCACUAUCCUCCUCAUCAUCUCCUCACAUCACAUCGUAUGACUGGUUGGUGUGUUGAUGUCAACGACAUGUCGAUCUGAUAUUUAGGGGGUCCUUGCAUUUCAGUGAGCGCUCCUGGGCGCAGUGAGCAAUGUGUCGUUUUUGUGUCAGGGUGUGGAUUCUCCCGUUUUUGUGAUCAUGUAAUGCGGUUCAUCGAACCACCGUGAGGCGAGGUGACCGAACAUGGAGACAGGGAGUCGAGCACCCACUGUUUGGGAUGGUGCUUCUACGACCAAUUUCACACCGGCCAGCCUCUUGCAAGAUCUCUUCCUUAAUGCCACCAGCAGCAGUACCACGAACCCGUGGGACAAAGGUCCGUUUGACGACCCAUUCCGUAUGGGGGAGCAGAAAUUCUCCUUCCAAUUACGAGCCUACAGGGACUUCACCACCGCCAUUCAAGUUUUUUUACUCCUUGGCUCGCUCAUUGGGAACGCCCUGAUGCUCUGGUGUGCGUGGCGCACCAGCGUCUUCAAGUCGGUGACGGGCCGCUUCAUCGCCAACCUUGCGUGCUCGGGCGCCGCCGCCGCCCUGGUGUGCGUGCCCUUCGACGUGGCGCUGGCCACUGCCGCCGGCCCGGACCUGUGCUGCGGCUGGCUGCGCGUGCCCGCCGUGUGCAAGACCAUCAAGUUCCUCCACCGGCUGUUCUGCUCCGUCACCAUGCUCAGCUUCGCGGCCAUCGCUCUCGACAGGUAUUACUCAGUGCUGUACCCCCUGGAGCGGAAGAUCUCCGAGGCCCGAUCCCGGGACCUGGUCAUCUACAUGUGGGCCCACGCCACGGUGGCCAGCGUCCCCGUGUUCGCCGCCACCAACGUGACGGACGUGUACGCGGCGGCGUCCUGCUCCGACGCGCCGGCCCGCGCCCUGGGCCACGUGCUGUACGUGGCGCUCUACAACGGCACCACCGUGGUGCUGCCGCUGGCGCUGGUCUUCCUGCUCAUGCUGCUGAUCCGCCGCGCGCUGAGCGCCAGCCAGAAGAAGAAGGUGGUGAUCGCGGCGCUGCGCACGCCCCAGAGCGGCAUCUCCAUCCCGUACGUGUCCCAGCGCGAGGCCGAGCUGCACGCCGCCCUGCUGGCCGCCGUGCUGGCCUUCUCGGCCUGCAGCGCCCCCUACGGAGCGCUGGCGGUGUACCGCACCGUGCUGGGGGCCGAGAGCGCCGCGCUGCUGCCCGCGCCGCUCUACCUCACCGCCGUGUGGCUGCCCAAGGUGUCCCUGGUCACCAGCCCGCUGAUGUUCCUCACCGUCAGCCGCGCGGCCCGCCAGAGCCUGCUGGACCUGCUGGCCCGGCUCCACCGCCGCUACAGCCGCCGCAACGUGGUGGGCUCCGGGGGGCUGGUGUCGCUGGGCGGGGAGAGCAGGGGGCCGGCGGAGGGCGGCUCCAGGACCGGCCUGGAGACGGCGGGCCGCUCCGGGAGCCAGCUGCUGGAGAUGUUCAACAUCGGACAGCAGCAGAUCUACAGGCCGUCGGAAGAGGAGGAGGAGGAGGAGGAGGAGGAGGAAGAGGAGGAUAAGGGGCUGGGCGGCAAGAAUAACGGCGCUUCCUCCGCGAGAUCGGGGCCUUGCUCCGAGUCCCCGGAGGGCCCCCACUGGGGGGCCCGACCGGGGAGCCUGAGGCGAGAGGGGGUCCCCAAGAAGGAGCAGCAGCAGCAGCGGCGGCAAGGGUUGGCGGACGGGGAGGCCCCCCCGGGGCCCCCGGCCCCCCGGGGGUCCCCGGCGCAGCCGUGCGCGGCGUACGCCUCGUCCUCCCAGGUGGCGCCGGCCACGCCCACGGACAGCGAGGACGUGGUGCAGUUCGGCUUCGGGCCGUUCGAGCUGCCGCCCCAGUGGCUGCCCGAGACCCGCAACAGCAAGAAGAGGCUGCUGCCGCCGCUGGGGAACACCCCCGAGGAGCUGAUCCAGACCAAGCAGCCCCGGCCGCGGCCCGAGCGCCGCAUCAGCCGGAACAACAAGGUCAGCAUCAUACCCGCCGCCGUCGACCCCUGAGGCGGACCGGACACCGGGGGGGGACGUCAGCGGCCCGUUGGCUGCGGGCGUCUAGUAAGAUACGCUGCAUCAUCUGCCUUUUUUUUUUGUAUCGCACCUUUUAAGUGUUGCUGUCGUUGGAGUCCCGCUCGUUUCCCCUCUCUGCUAUCCCGAUGCGAGUUAAAGUCUCGCAAACUGUAAGAAAGGGUUUUAUGUCUGCCACUGUGAUGCUUUGAGAUGGGUGUCCUGUGAAGGACUUGUAUUCUGACACCCUGUAUUGUUUGGUCAAUGUAUAUCUUUCGUUCACUCUUAGUUGCGUAAAAUACAACGUAUUAUGCUCACUGAAGAUUUCUAGAGAAUAAAACACGUUUGACAUGA